AUGGGGGACAAGGAAGAGCCCAUUUCCCUAUGUCUUGAAGAGGGGAGAUGGUGGCCCAGAGAUUCUGGGCAGAGUAAGGAGAAGGAUAUUUGUCAUCUGUUUAGGUGCCUCAGUAUGAAGAGACACUGCUGGGAAGAGGAGGAGGAGGAGGGCCACGACUUGUACACAGGCUUGGAUCAUGCACCCCUUGUGGCGGGAAAAGAGGAGGAGGAAGAAUUCAGCAGCUCACCAUCUCCCACAAGGAUCUUUCAUGUACAAGCAAGAAAGAAGCGGAGAGGGAUAAUCGAUAAACGGCGCAGGGACCGCAUUAACAGCAGCCUAUCUGAACUACGGCGUUUGGUUCCCACUACCUUUGAGAAGCAGGGCUCUUCCAAAAUGGAGAAAGCAGAGAUCUUGCAGAUGACAGUAGAUCACUUAAAAAUGCUUCAUGCCAUUGGAGACACAGAUGCUCGAGUGCUGGCAGUCGAUUACAGGACGAUCGGUUUUCGUGAGUGCGUUACAGAAGUAGUGAGAUACUUGGGCACCUUCAAGGGGCAGAGUGGCACCGAUUCUGUCCAGCUUCGGCUCCUCUCGCACCUGAACAACUAUGUGGCUGAAAUGGAACCUCCUUCUAAAGCAACAUCCUCUCUCUUGCCCUUCCAGUCCUGGCCUUGGUGGCUUUUCCAAAAAUCUCUAGCUCCUUCUUCCCCCCAAGUCCAUCUCCCCAGGAGGGAGGACAACCCUGGCUUGGCAGUCCUGGCUGCUUCGUCGGGAAUCUAUCUGGGCCCCAUGCUGGGGGGAACACCCAUUUGCCAAAUUCCAAAUUCUCUCACAUCAGUCUGCCCUAACACCUUGUUUAGUAGAACUUCAUCACCCCAACAGAGUAAGCAUUGCCCACUGAUGACAACAGCCACCCCCAGUAGUGGAUCUAGUGAGAGGCCGAGGAAGGCAGCGGCCCCCAGGAGCAGCCAGUUUGCAGCCCUUCUCUUCUCUUCCUCCUCCUCCUCUUUGGCUCACAGUCCAGGAGCACCAGUUUACAUGCCUCCACCACCUCCAGUUCUGAUCGCUUCUGCUCAAGGACCAGGAAUCAAAACUGGGAAAGCUGCUAGGAUCUGCCAUACCUGGACUAUGGAAAUUGGACCUUUGUGAUCCUCCCCCCGCCCCGAGAGAGAGAGAGAAAGAGAGAGAGAGAGAGAGAGAGAGAGAGAGAGAGAGAGAGAGAGAUUUUCAGCAGCCCUCUCUUGAAUAAAAACAAAAAGUGAAGCUGAACUCAACCCUUAUUCCUGCUUUUUGCAUACAUUAGAAGAACCUUUCCUGACAAUUUGUUGAUUAUGUUGUGGACACAGUCUAUAUAAGGAAAAUGCUCUUUCCUCCUGACUACCAUGCCUUCAUUGCUGCUGGGACUGGGAGUGCUCUCUGGGCCAUAUGCAUGCAAGUGUCAAGAGGACAGGAACAUAGAGUGGGUAGUGCUUGGACAUUCUGCACUCUUUCAGCUUUAUAAACCCUUUUCCUUUUUCAUGCUUGUUAGAGGCUGAGCAUGCUGUUGUGGCACUGUAAUAGCAAAAAGUCACCAUCUGCUGCUGCACUUCCAGUAAAAAAUAAUGAUGUUUUUUCCCUUUUGCUUGGUUCAGCUGAUAUACUUCCCUCUAAUUUUUUGGAGCAACACACACACGGUGAGAGGGAGGAAAUGGUGUUCACUGCUUUUAUAGCUCCCCUUUUGCAUCUUCUCCCCAUUCAGCAGUGGUGGGCGAACGUUUUCAGCCCUGGGAUCACUUUGGGACACCUUUCAAGGGCAACAUGCCCAUGGUGGGUGGGUCCAGAGGCAAAAGUGAGUGGAGCAAUCAAAGUAAAUGUUACCUUUGUACAGUAUGCUAGUUUCUACACAUACCCGCACUCCCUUCUUUCACCUCUAUACAGGUAAGAAAAAGGCAUUAUCACGGUUAAGGCAGCUCCUACGAUUGCCUGCAAUGAGCUUGAGAUGUUCUCUAUAAGGGUUCACCCUGAAGGUUCUGGCUACAGGUGGCUCUUUUGCUACCCUACCCUCUUCUUACCGGUAACUAGGGAGGUUGUGUUAGGGGAAAGGCACUCCUUUGUGUGGCAUCUUGCUGUGUGUGGAAGGAGUGUGCACUGGGCAAGACAACAUUAUGGGCAUCCUUUGCUGCUCCUGUGAUUUCACUGGCACCACCUUUGCAUAGGAGAUACCCAGAACAUCACUGGGGGGGUGUGACAUUGUGUUUGGAGGAUGUUGUCCUGCUGGGGAUGCUGUGGGAGUGGCUGUCAAUGCUGCUCUGUCUGCUCUUGGGGGGCAGAGGGAGCUGCUACAUCUCAAGUGUGCCUCAAUCUUGUCUACACAGACUGACAGUGGGCCCACUGAGCCAUGGCUUCCACUCACACAUACUAUGCUUUGUUUCUGGCUUUGCCAUUGUAAGUUCACAGGAUGACCCCAGCUACAUUAUGCCUAAGUAAUGCUGGUGUAGCUGUGUGAUAUGCAGAGUGGAAUCACAGAAUCGUUUUAGCUCUUCGAAAAAUAUAUGUAGCCUAUUAUUUGUGUCCUGCUGGCAAAGCCAUGAAAGGCCUGGAAAUGCUGGAGAUUAAAAUGAGGUGGAGCUCCUCAAGAUGACCCAUUUAUUCAGCAUUUAUCCUGAUUUGCUUGCACAAAGCCUAUACAGAGGUUAGAUUAUGUCCAGACUUUACUGAGCAUUUGUUCUGAUUUGUUUGAUGGGAGGUUAUAUAACAAUGAACAUUUAUCCUGAUUUAUGGGAUACUUUCUGUUAAUUAUUUGCCCCAUUCUUAUUUAUCAGUGUAUUUCCCUGUCAUUUUCCUAACCCCUGACCUUUGUUUUGGUGGGUUAUUUGUACUAAACCAACAGAGCAGUUUAAUCCACUUUAAUUGUGCUAACCUAAAUUUCUGGUAUGUGCUUGAGCCUCUACCACAAAAUACUGACAGCCUCUAUUUCAAUACAAUAAACACAACAGAUAAGAACAAAUGCAUUAUGUCAUCAGCUGCUUCAGGAAAAAAUCUAGUCCUCAAAUCUUUGGAUUGAAAGUGAGUUAUAAAUAUUCUGAGCAGCAAUAAUAUUGAGAUUAUUGGAACACGAUUCUUCCCUCCUUGCUUGGCCUCCCUGUCCUUUCAAUGCCAAAUCAUGGAUAAUGUUUUUCUGGCAGAAGGAUGCAUAUGAAUGAGGAGUGGGGUGUUUGAGUGAGAGUGACAUUAAUAUAUGAGAAGAGAGAAAACAGAAGAGGUACACCACACAUCCAAAUCACACCACUUCCCCCAAAGAAUCCAUUCCUGGGGACUGUAUUUCACCUCUCACAAAGCUACGGUAUCGAGACUACAGUUCCCAGAAUUCUUUGCGGGAAAGUCACGUGCUUUUAAAUAUGUACUGGAUGUGCCUUAAAUUCAUGGAGUGCAUCUGUCCCAACACCUAGUUGUAUCUGAUGAAGUGUGCAUGCACACGAAAGCUCAUACCAAAAUAAAAACUUAGUUGGUCUUUAAGGUGCUACUGAAGGAAUUUUUUUAUUUUGUCCCAACACCAUACACUUCAUGCUGCGCCCCGCCUUAGCCACCUGGGAACUGUAGUUUCCCCCUCACAGAGCUACAAUUUUCAGCAUCCUUAAGGAACUAUGUGAUUUCAGGGGGAA